CAUCACUGCAGCACUCCACCCAUCACAGGUGAUCCCUCAUUGCUGUGUGACGCCUUUCCUGGGGAAAUGCCAAGAACUGUCCACUUAUCUACAUAGAGAAUUGAUGAAAAAUGAAGCUCCAGAAAAAAUAUGGCUCUGUGUUCACUGUGUACUUUGGUCCGAGGCCAGUGGUUAUCUUAUGUGGACAUGAGGCAGUGAAGGAAGCCCUAGUAGACCAGGCAGAUGACUUCAGUGGCCGUGGUGAAAUGCCUACAAUAGAGAAGAAUUUCCAAGGUCAUGGUUUAGUUAUGUCCAAUGGAGAACGAUGGAAGAUUCUCCGGCGUUUUUCCCUGACUGUUCUUCGAAACUUUGGGAUGGGGAAGCGGAGCAUUGAGGAAAGGAUCCAGGAGGAAGCUGGCUACCUACUGGAGGAAUUCCAUAAAACCAAGGGUGCUCCCAUAGACCCCACCUUGUACCUGAGCCGCACUGUAUCCAAUGUCAUCUGUUCCGUUGUCUUUGGGAAACGCUUCGACUAUGAGGACAAGCUUUUCCAGAGCCUAAUGAAGAUGAUCAACGAGAGCUUUGUGGAGAUGAGCAUGCCCUGGGCACAGUUAUAUGACAUGUACGGGAGAGUCCUGCAGUAUUUUCCAGGAAGACACAACCACCUCUAUAACUUGAUAGAAAACCUUAAGGACUUCAUUGCAUCCAGGGUCAAGAUCAAUGAAGCAUCCUUCGACCCCUCAGACCCUAGGGACUUCAUUGACUGCUUUCUCAUCAAGAUAUAUGAGGAUAAAAGCAACCCCCACUCAGAAUUCAACCUCAAGAACUUGGUCCUCACCACCCUUAACCUCUUCUUUGCUGGCACGGAAACGGUGAGCUCCACAUUGCGCUACGGAUUCUUGCUGCUGAUGAAGUAUCCCGAGGUGGAGGCCAAGAUUCUCGAGGAGAUUAACCAGGUGAUCGGAAUGCACCGUGCUCCAAAACUGGAUGACCGGGCUAAGAUGCCGUACACUGAUGCCGUCAUCCAUGAGAUACAGAGGAUGACAGAUGUUGUGCCCCUGGGUGUCCCCCAUAAUGUCACACGGGACACUCAUUUCCGAGGCUACUUUCUGCCCAAGGGUACGGAUGUGUAUCCACUGAUUGGCUCGGUCCUCAGAGAUCCCAAGUACUUCCGAUACCCGGAUGCUUUUUAUCCUCAGCAUUUUCUGGAUGAGCAGGGACACUUCAAGAAGAAUGACGCCUUUGUGGUCUUUUCCUCUGGAAAGCGCAGAUGCGUGGGGGAGGCGCUGGCCAACAUGGAGCUUUUCAUCUACUUCACCUCCAUCCUUCAGAAGUUCUCCUUAUGAUCCCUAGUGCCUCCUGCUGAGAUUGACAUCGCUCACAGGAUCUCCGGCUUUGGCAACAUCGCCCCCAUCUACAAGCUCUGCCUGGUGGCCCGCUGAGGGCACUGCCAGGCCAGCGAAGAGCCCCCUUAGCUGAGCACUGCUGGAGUUCACAUACACCCAUUCUUCCCAUCUCUCUCCCACUCUCCCUGCUCUCUCUCAAUCCUCCCUUCACUUUCAAGAAAAGUCACUCUUACUACUGUGCUGAGACCAUGGGUCAGGAGAGGUGUCUGGAAAAACAGGCUGGAUGGAUAAAACAGGGCUCUAGCCACAGUUUGGGGAAAAGCUUAAAGAUUUAAUUAAAUUCACUGAUUUGUUUUUCAACCUUGGUCUCAGUCCGAACCAAACUCUUACAGACUCUGUGUGUUUUCAUGGUCCUUUGGGUCUUUGCCCUGGUAGUGACCAGAAUGUACUUCAUGGUUGCUUUUCUUUCUCCUCCCCAAUAAAGAACUCAAGACUGUUGACCCUAACAAGUUUCCUGUGUAUCUGUUGUCUCGGGAAAUAACCAAGGGAUGAGACACCUAAGCAGGGUGCCAGGAAGUAGCUUAUUGUUGUGAACAACAGGCCCCCUAAUAUCCCCUCCACAUAGCAACCCAGAGUGACAUGUACUUUGGUUGGCCGUAUUAAGCUUGUGGAACAUAAUAUAAUAAAACUGCCCCUGCCAAAACAGAAGUUAAUCAUGAGCAGAAGUUUUUCAGUGCAGAAGG